AUGGCGAAUGAUGAUGACGACGUUGGAUAUUUUUUGAAAAAAACAAAGGGAAUACAAUCGAAAAACGAUGAGGGAAGAGAAAGAAUACAAAAGAUAAAAGAAUUGAUAAACAGUUUGAACAGAGCAGGAACCGGAAGUGGGAAAAAUGAAAAAUCGUUCGACGGGAGUGGAGGGGCCGGCGGAAACGAACAAGAACAAGGGAAAACCGGAAACGUGACGUCAUACGAAAGAAAUUCGGAAGUGCUCUUAGACGAUGUUGAUAUCGUCGAGUCACCGUUAUCGGAAAAUACAUUUUUUAAUUUUUUAAACGGGUCAUUAGACGCGGACGAAGAUUGGGAUGUACAAAAAAAUUCAUCGUGGGAUCAUCAACCAACGCCAAUGGCGGGAAAUUAUUGGGCAUUGAUAUUGAUUGUGUUUCCGUUUUUGACACUUUUCGGAAACGUUUUAGUCAUAAUGGCGGUUGUACGGGAAAGAACACUGCAAACGGCUACGAAUUAUUUUAUUGUAAGUUUAGCACUUGCCGAUUUACUCGUCGCCGUUUUGGUCAUGCCCUUUGCCGUUUACGUACUGAUUCCGACGAUGAUUGGGGGAAAAAAAAAAAACGUAACGUAA